AUGACUAUAGUUGACGAGACCAGGGACAGUGAGCCCCAUGACCCAGAUACGCCUGCAAUUGACAGUUCUGUGAAAAUCGAGGAAACUGAUGCCUCGGAGGCCCCAGACGGUGAGAAGCCUACAGAGAAAGAGGAACCAAAGACAGAGAAAUUGGAUAAUAAUGAAGAAUCUGGGGCAGAAGUUCUGAAAGCGGGCGAUCCUUCGAUGCCAGCUGAAACGGAAACUGCAGCAAACGAAGAUCAUAUCAAGAAAGAUGACAGGCCCGAGCCUACAGAUGAAGUCUCCACUAAGUCAGAAGAAAAGCCCAAGAAACGCAAAUCUGUAGGGUUCGCUCCAGAGCCUCUGGAAGACCUCAAAGAACACCACGAGUAUUUGGACGAGAGAAGAAAGGACAAGGAGAAGACUUAUUUGGACUCCAAGCCCGAGGGUCCCCGACCAUUGCCAGUGCUUGAAAAUGUGUUUGAGCCAAAAGUCAAGGCCAAGCCUUUUAAUGAAAUGAGAGACAGAAGAUGUGUGGCAGUGAAGGAUAUCUCUGUGGUUAACAAGCAGACAGAGCUCAACUUCAACUACUGGGAAACUCCAAAUCCUUGCAAAUCCGAUUCUGUGCUUGUGGACAUAAAGUAUGCUUCGCUCACGUCAUUUGACAUCUCCAAGAUCAGCAAGUACUUGGUGAACCUCUCCGAUACGAAAGUCGGCUUGGGUUUCGACUUUGUGGGUACGGUGAUCAGACCGGGCUCUCGGUACGAGAAUUCCGAGUUCGAGACAGGGACUACUGUUUUUGGUGUUGUGAAUCCCGACGACCGUAAAGGUGCUUUACUGUCUGCUUUGGUUGUAACUCCGGCUAGAGACGUCUUGGUAGCUGUUCCGGAGGAAGUUCUUGCACAAUUGGGCUCAGUGGACGUCAACUUGUCGUUUGAGCCAGCAUCAUCAUUUAAAGUAGGCUCUGGUGACGACACUCAGGACCAAAAGAGCUCAUCCUCGGAGCUUUUCCUGUCAAACUCGGACCUUCCUCAAACAAAUGAGGCUCCUUCCAAGAAAACAGACAUCAGGGAUACCCCUGCAAAGGUUGAGGUGCCCGAUUUGGCUAAAUUGUCGGUAUUUGGCAGCUCUUACUGCAGAGCUAAGCUGGCACUUCUGGUCAUGGAUUCAGUGUUUGCUCGUCAGGGGUCUGCAAACAUCCUCAUCAAUGGUGGGGAUACUCAAUUGGGCUAUACGAUUCUCCAGACAUUGUUCUCGAGUGCAUACUCCGAGAUCUUAGAGAGAAUCAAUGUGAUUUUGGUUGUAAAAGAAAGCUCACUUGCUAAGACGAGAAAUGUUGCUGAAAGGCUCGGCAGUGGAGGCACACGCAAAGUGCAUGUUUUAGCGUACGAUAUGGCCAAUGAGGACCUAGUGCUUCCAGGAGAGAAGACACCCGUAAACUACAAGAAGGUUUCGUUCUUCGCCUCGGAGCUUAUCGAAGCUAUGUUUGAUGGGAUCCCUGAAAGCACUUCCAUCGAUUCAUCAAAUGUAAACACAUGCAAGAUCGAUUUGUUCAUUGACAUUAUUGGAAGCAAGAAAAUUUUCCAGCAUUCAAUGACAAUGAGCGCCCUCGAUGAGGUCAAUUUCCCAUUCAAGCAAAGGUUGGCUCCUGGAGUGCAGUUGACAACGCUUUUUGGUAAAUCAAAGGGUCCUCUUUUCGAGAAGCUCAUGAAGCCAAAAGCUGACGGAUGCUCAUUCAUCUCUUUCUGCAAGUUCAACUUGUCAGAACCAUCCUAUCUGAUUACCCAACUCGUGGAUCACACUAGCAAGGACGUAUUUAACCCGUGGGCACUGAAGUGGCUGCAAGGAUUCGCCAAUCAAUUUGUGGCUAAAUACAGCUACUACGAAAAAUUCGAUUUGGAAGUGAAGCAGAGAUGGGUACAAGAGGGAUUGCGUCUUGUGCUCAAGGGAGAGUUGAAGUUCCCAAUUUCCGAGGUCUCUGACUGGCGGAAUCGGUUCAAGAACCACAUUGCCAACUUGAAGAAGCAUGACGGACAGGUUGUUUUUGAAAUUGAGAACUUUUAG